AUUUGUCUUUAAGUAGCGACUAGUUCAGAGACUUACAAGAAGGACAAGCAGACUGAGACAGAGAGACACGAUGGCUCAAUACAGAUGGAUCCUAACCUCUUGUUUUCUGAUACUAAUGCUUCAGUUUACAGCAGCAGCCGCUUCCUCCACUGUCAGAGUUGGAGAUGACGUCACUUUGCCUUGUGAACAUGUGAUCGACGGUCAGAGAGCGUGUGACAGUACUACCUGGAUCUUCAGUCAGUUAGAAAACACACCAAUAGUAGUGCUGAUUGGUCACGGGCGGAUUGCUGUAAACGCUAAACCAGACAGACUGAGUGUUACAGAGAACUGUUCUCUGGUUAUAAAGAAGGUCACAGAGGAGGAUGCUGGUCGUUACACCUGCAGACAGUUCUACCCAUCAGGACAUCAACAAGGUCCAGAUGCUGUGGUUGAACUCUCCAUUGUCACCAUGACUGAACAUAACAACGCUGACAACGUGACAUUGCACUGCUUUGUGUCGACAUACGAACGGUGUCAACACACCGUGAAAUGGCUGUUUCAGUCUAAAUAUGUGGAUAAAGAUAACCAAGAUUUGAGGACCUACCAGUCUCCCUGCUACACCUCUGUGACCUUUCCUGCUUCUCAUUUUAGUUACACAUCAAGGUAUCAGAUCUUUAGGUGUGAAGUGACUGAAGGAGACAAAGUGCAGGAGUUUCCCUUCAGCCCUCAGUCCUCAGGUGAGGACACAACAACAACAAAACCAACAACCACCACCACCACGACAACAAAAACAGAAUCAAAAGCAAAACCAACAACUGAAAGUGGCAUUAAAGCAAAUACCAAUGACGCCUCAACAAAAAUGGUUGAAUCCAACAAAGGAGGCUGGCUGGAAAACGUGUUGCCAGGUAAACUAUAA